UACGUCAUUACCGUAAUAUAGACUUGGACAUUUUUACUUCAGUAAUUUUCGAUUUAAAUAUUCCAACAUUAGUUUCAAUGAUGAUAUACAAGAAAUGAAACGUUGGAGAGAGAGCGAGAGAGAGAACGUGCUCCUUUGUAGGAAUUACGGUAGAUAGAUGCCGCUGCUUGGAGAGACUCAACCACCGGUACACAAUGGAGGUGCCUUGACAUUCUAAAGAAUAAGCGGUCUUUCCUGUGUGCCAUAGUUAUCGGUGUCCUUCCUUUGCCAUUGCAGAGAAGACACGUUUUCUGAAGGUUUAUAACAACAUGAGCUCUUGUGUUGUUGUUGUUGUUUUUCCGAGCGACGCAGCUGUUAGCUCACCGCUAGCUUCGUUAGCUAGCUAACUUGGCAGGCACCUGCUACAGCACUGCUGCUGGGAUUGCUUGGACUGCACUGCACUGCACUGCUGCAUCAUCCACAGAAAGCAAGAAAACGUUAUGGAGUUCCCUUUUAAUAUUAACCCCUUAUUUUGCGAGAGGUUCUCAAUUUUGGACAAGACCUUUGUUGCAAGUCGUGUAUCUUCGAAAAGGCCAGAUCUUCAAUCCCAUAUAGCCACUGUUAUUGAUGAACUGGGGAGAGCCUCUGCAAAGGCCCAAAAGCUAACCACACCCGUAACAAGUGCUGCCAAGUUGCAGUCUCAGCCUCAUCAACUCUACUUGAUGAAGGAUGGCGAAAGCAAAGGAGGGCGUGGCGCAAUUGUGGGAUUUCUCAAGGUUGGCUACAAGAAGUUGUUUCUACUGGACCAGCAAGGUUUGCACAUAGAGGCAGAGCCACUAUGUGUUUUGGAUUUCUUCAUAGCCGAGAAUUUGCAGAGACACGGAUAUGGAUUGGAGCUGUUUAAUUUCAUGCUGCAGCACAAGAAUUCAGAACCAGUGCAGCUGGCAUAUGACAGGCCCUCUCCCAAAUUGUUGUCUUUCCUGGCCAAGCAUUACUGCCUGACACAGAGUGUUCCUCAGGUCAAUAACUUUGUUGUGUUUGAUGGCUUCUUCCUCAACAAAUCAGUGGCCCAGUCGAGAACAAUUUCCCUAAAAAAGCCAGACAGCGAGAUCAAACCCUAUUCCAUAAUGGAGAGAGAAGCGGUGCGUCAGGAGCGGAGGAGUCUUCCCUGGCCGUUUGCCCCUCCCCACUCUCCCCAGCGGUUGGUAUCCUCCCAGUACUCCCUCAGUCUGGGAUCCUCCCCCAUCAAGUCGCCCCCUCAGGCUGCUACAGUGUCUGCCCCUGGGGUACACAGGAACCAGAGUCAAAACUUUCCUCUCAUCGAACGAUCCCGGGAAAGACGCACCAGCCAACAGGGUCAAGUUGCCAGAGACGGCCUGUACAGUCGCUACACGGACACCAAAUCUUCGGGAAUCCUUGGAAGGCCCCUGCCAGGUCUGAGAUCAGUGGGAGACCAAUCACACACAUUGGGACGUACAGAAAGACACAGGUUGGCGAGUGUUCCCAUAUUACAAAGCAGGCUUGUCACAUGUCCACCUCUAUCUGCAACCAAGAACAAUGUCGUUUGCAGGCCGACAUCCCUAAGCAACAACAAACUACAGAUAGGAAUAGAUGCUGAGGUGGCUGGUGUGCAAAAGAAACUCCGAGCUUCUAACGGUACUGGGAGCACAGCAAGAGUCCUGUUGGAAAGUCAGAGAUAUUUAUUGGAGCGAGAGCGAGACAUAAGCAGGAGUGGCUGUUCCUGGACUGUAGGAAACGGCUGCUUCUCUGCCCAGCAGGUAAAACAGAUGCUGUUGAACAGGAGCACCUGUCCGUGGUGAAAAUGUAUGUAGAUGUAUUGUCAGUGCUGAAAAAUCCAUAUUGGAAGCCACAAAGCACUGUUCUGAAAGAUGUUCAUUUUGAAUUAUUUGCCAAAAUAUAUAAAUAAAAAGUCCAAAUUGUG